AUGGAUGACUUGACUAAUAGGUGGCGGAGCCUCUCACUAACAGAGGAGGAGGAGGCAAAGGUUGAUCUUACGAAGGAAAAAAAGAAAACAAGUGUGGUUUUGGCCACAGAGUUCUUUACCCGGAGGAUUGUAAACGUUGAGGCGGUGGCAAAGACCUUCCGACCGUUAUGGAGAACCAGAGGGAAUUUUGAGGUUUCUGAGGGCAAAGAUAACAUCCUGUUGAUUGAUUUUGAGAUGGAUGCAGAUGCAGAAAAGGUCGUUCAGGGGCAACCUUGGAGGUUCGAUAGGCAUUUAGUGGUGGUGCAGAGGUACGAUGGGUCGAUACAGGUCCAGGAUCUAGCCUUUAAGUCGACAACUUUUUGGAUUCAGAUCCAUAAUCUUCCCUUUCAGUUAUUGACGGUGGAAGCGGUGCUUAGUAUUGGGGAGACUAUUGGAGUAGUGAGUCGGCCAAAGGACCUAGGAGAGAUGAAAGGUGGAAACUUCAUGAGAGUGAGAGUAGAGGUGGACAUAACCAAACCGCUAUGCAAGGGGAGGAAAAUAUCAUGGGAUGACUCAGGGGAGGGUUGGGCAGCGUUCAUGUAUGAACGACUGCCAAAUAUAUGCUACUGGUGCGGACUUGUCUUGCAUGAUGACAAGGAUUGCAUCCUGUAG